GAUGGAAGGACGUUAUCUGCUGCGGGGACAUUCUAUCAUGUGGUUCAAGAACUUGUGUCGCAACUGGCCAAGAAUGUUCAGGGCAGGGGUGGUCCUUUUCUUUGUGUUGACUUUAGUUAUGUUGUUUGUGAAUUGGCGCGAACGCUUCACGUAUGAAGGACUACGACGUCACCUGAAGGACGCAACCAGUAACUUCCAUGGGACCCAGCGCAAAGAUUUCUUGGGAGCAACAUCAAGGCUGCCUGGUACCACAGGGAGCGUCACAGCAGAUUCCGCCCCUCAGGCCUCUGUGCAGGACAACCCAACACAACUAUCGGGGUCUGGGAUUACCCUGUCAAAGAAUGAGAGUAAAAUCCGUUUCAACAGUACCGAGGUGAAGAAAAUGAGACAACACAUACUCAAUUCCUAUUAUAACGUGGACCACUUGACAUUUGUGAGGUCCUCCCUUCGGAUCGGGCAGCGUUUGAGAUAUGAAAUGCCUCUCAGUCACGAGAAACUAUUCGAAGUCACGGAAGAUUUCCUGAAGUUACUCCCAGAGGAAUCCCCCCUGAAGGGCCGCCAUUUCAACACGUGUGCAGUCGUGGGCAACUCCGCCGUUGUGCUGAACAGUUCCUGUGGUCAGGACAUCGACUCCAUGGACUUCGUCAUUCGGUGUAACUUGCCUCAGAUAGAAGGUUACGAGAAAGAUGUCGGCUCCAAGGCGAACUUGACUACAAUGAACCCAUCUGUGAUCGCGCAUAACUUCGGCCAAUGGGAAAAUGAAACAAAGGAUGAUUAUGAUCGGUUGUUACGACGUCUGACACAAGUUGGCGACCAGAUCUUGUACGUGCCUGCUCUAAGGUCCUCUGGUGUAGAGAAGUACGUGAGAGUGAUCAUACAGACUGUUCUUCGGCACAACCUGCCGAUCAAGACAGCUUUUCCUCCGGCACCAAUCAACACUCUGGUGGAAGCAAUUGGAAAAAAGCUGGGUUUGAGAUCCGCCAACCGUCCGCGGGAGCUCACAUGCAGGGCGCUGAGCUACCACUACUACGACAACACGAUGGAUUUGUCGAGCAACGUCUACGGGGCUCACGACAUGCCGGACGGAAUUUCGGGUAUUUCAGCAGCUCCACAAGCGAGGAGCAUUGGUACUGCAUACAGAACCAUGCCAGUGAUACUUUUUAAGAAAUAGGUAGAUUUUCGUUCCGAUUUUCUCCAUUAUUAGGCCUCUAUACAUGAAUGU